AUGAUGAUCAGACGACUGAAAACCUGGACGGCUCUGAUGCUUGUAUUUGUAGCCAGCUACAAUUUCGACACAGUUUCGGCGCCUCAAACCGAUCUAACCUCCGCCACAGGACACAGCAACAACAGCGUCGGCGGUUCAGAAACUUUGGACGGUCUAUCAAAGAAGAACUGCAGCUUACUUGGUGCUACCAACAUUUCUCAGGUAGAAGAAAACGUCACUUCAACCGCACUGGGGUGCCUUGAAGAAGAGAUUGACAUUCCUGAAAGGCCUCCUUUUUGGAUUCGCGUUCGGCAUCUUUGGGUGUUGCACAUUUUCAACGUUGUGGCUCUUUGGUCGGUCGUGGCGAACAGCCUACCCUUAGCGGCUAUCAUCAAGCACGAAGCCCUGCACAAGCCGGUCUACAUACUGAUGGCCAACAUGCCAGCAAGCGAUGUUGUGGCUGGGGUGACCUUCGGUAUCGCGUUUUGCACCAUAUUAUUUUACGGAAAAGCUGGACUUCCUCUUCCCAAUGCUUUGCUCCGUUUCGUCUUCACUUCUUGUCUCAUCUCGGCCCUGUCCUCCGCCUACAGUCUGCUGGCGCUAACGGCCGAGCGCUACUGGUUCAUCGUCCACGGCAUGACGUACGAGAAUCAGAUCACCAACGAUAGAUGCAAGGUCGUUAUCAUCGUGGUCUGGAUGUGGAGCAGCGUGUUGGCGCUGCUGCCUGUGUUUGGAUGGAGCUGUACCUACCCCUCCCAGGUUGGGUGCAUCGAGUUGGGCGGAGGUUCUCAGCCCGGUUACCUGGUCAUGGUCCUGAUUCUAGUCUUCGUCCCAAUGGCGGCGAUCAUGCUCUUCAACCUCGGCGUGUUCCGGUGCCUGUGGCGGCAGGUUAGCGACAUCAGGCGGCAGGAGGCCGCAGUGCAGGCCCAGCCUACCACCAGUAGAAAAUCAUCCAUCACCGUUCUCAUCAUCACCGUCGUGUUUCUAGCCGGGUGGCUGCCGUGGUGUGUUCUUGUGGCCAACGAGGUGGCCUGUAAAGGAGAUGGCGGCAACAUGGAUCCGUCGAUGGUAGCAUCCGUGCUCCUGAACUCUGCAGUAAACCCCGUCAUCUACGGCUUUCGUCUGGAGGAAAUCCGCCGCAACGUGAAGCGUCUCUUCGUCGGCCGCGCCGUGAAUGCAUGGAGCCCUUAG